UGGGAGUGCUCAGCAGAUCCACAAGUAGGUCCAUCACUUGAACCUUCAACAACUGAAAAAUAUAGUAAGUGAAUAAUGAUAAUGUUCAAGCUGUGGACGCUUUUUCUUGCUUAUGCGUUGAUCAUUUGCCAGGUGUAUGUCUCAGAGGCAGCUCCAACUAGAACCAGUAAGGAAUCCAUGUCAGAUGGAGUCACAUUAUCAAAUGAUGACGCCCAAAGGCUGCUCAGAGCUAUGAAGGAGUUCAUGCAGAUAACUUCAGAGGAGCAAGCCCAACAAACAGCUGAUGGGAACAACAAUGCAACAGCACAAAAGCGGGCAUGCAACACAGCCACCUGUGUAACCCACCGCCUAGCAGACUAUUUGAGUCGGUCUGGGGGACUGGGAUACAGCAACUUUGUUCCCACCAACGUUGGUGCCCAGGCCUUUGGCAGACGGAAGCGGUUCAUCUCUGUGUGAGCACAUUGCCAGAUACAUGGACAAAGUGCCUCUUUCCUUGGGUGAUAUCAACUUCAUCAUCAAUCCAUUUACACACUUCAUAAACACUGACUGAUGUCUUGUUUUCAGGCUAACAUACAUUUCCAUAGUAUUGACGAUUAAUCUGUGCUUAAAACCAGAGAAAUAACUACAGUCGCAGAAAGGUAACUCAAUAGGAUGGAAUAGGGUGGAUUUCUUUCUGUCUCAGCCUGUGGCUCAGCUGCGCUUCUAUUUUGUGCUGAUGUAUCCAUCUACAUUAAAACCACCUUCACCUUCUUGUGGAUUGCUGUAAAACACUUUAAUUAAAUUAUAGUGAAAAAUACAAAUGUAAAAUGCAGGAAUAAAUUGUAUUUUAGCUACAUUAGACUCUACUGUGUUGUUGAUUGAGUCACGGACAAAGAAAUGUACAAAGAAAUGUUGAGUUGUUUUUAAAAAGGUGCAAUUUAAGUUGUAUUAAAAAUAUGAAGCUGGUUUCUUUUGGAAGCUGCUCUCUGUGGUCGCCA